CGGACAAAACCAGUUGUCACUGCCCAUUAUAUAAACACAUGUACCUUCCUUGUACUCUUUCGUGCCCAAAACACUUAUUUUCCAACAUAAUCGGUUCAAUUAUAUAUUAGCAAUUAUCCUCUUCACUCGCUCACACAAACACAAACAUUGCUACAUAGUUUUUUUUUUGCUGCCCCAUUUUUGAAUCAAGGUUCAAAUUGAAAGUCCAUAUUUUUGCUUUGUUUAUUGACACGAUUAAUUUUUUGUUACUUCACUAGCUAGGGAGAACAUGAAGAAUAGAGCAUCUGGAAUUUUGAAGUUGAUAGCUGCUCUGAGGUCAAUGGCCAAGUCAAAGGCUUUGGCUUUGAAGUCCAAAACGAACGCCAUGAAGGCUCGGUUGGUUAUAUUCUCACUUGUGAUGAACAAGAAGUAUGUGAUGAGCACCAUUUCUGACAAGUUCCAAUCUCUUCUGGGGCACCAUUCACAUCUCAAAGAAGAUUGCUUAUUGGAAGAUGAUGGCAAGUGCAUGGUGGCCGAUGACAAUGCACACUUGCAUGAGACACAUGUUGGUGUUGGUGAUUCCACAUCCACUAGUGAUAUAAUUAAAAUAGAGUGUUCAAGUGGAGAACAACUUUUCACCGUUAAUCCUCGUGAGAGCCAUGUGGUGCCGGAGGACAAAGAUUAUGAUGAUGAUGAUGGAUGUGAAUGUUGGUAUGGAGAUGAUGAUGGUGAUGGUAAGUACCCUGAUCUUACACACACAAUGUUUGAGUCGGAGGAUUUGGAUCUUGGAGGCUCGGUGAUUGAUUUAGUGAAGAGUUCAAAGGAAGAAGCAGGGGAAGAGUUCAAAAUGGAGGAUGAAAUUGAUCACAUGGCUGACCUUUUCAUCAAGAAAUUCCGCAGGCAAAUCUUGUUGCAGAAACAAGAUUCUUUGAAGAGGCACCAUGACAUGCUCUGCUGAAAUAAGGUGCUUCAAACAUGAAACCAAUGUUUACUUUAGGACAAAAUUUAAAUACAAUUUCAAGGUUUUAUAGGUGAUUUCAAAUACUUAUGAAAUGAAAUUACAUUUAAAUUGUCUGUUUUUUUUUUUGGUGAAGUUCAUAAAAGC